UGUUAUUGUCAAUUACUACUGCAGCUUGCGCCAUUGCUUGCUUACCUAGCAUCCGGGAACCUGGUUUCCGAGACAGUGAUGGGUUCACAUUCGCCAUGGCAGCAAUAGCUUAAAUGCGUUGAUCAUCCUCCCGCUUCACCACUGCCGGGAACAGACGGGUUCCUGCGUCUUGGGUUUGGGACUCAGCCGGCACUUUAUUAUCGAAGUCACUUGACCUCUUCUUUAACAAGAUGAAGCUAUCCCUUCUCACGUUGGCCACUGCCGCCACAGUCGUCAACGCCGCGUACCCUGGGGACAUUGUCUACUACUGGGUCGACCAGUCGGCAACUUUUGUUAACGGGACCGUCAUCGGGGGCUUGCAGUCGCCUCCUUCAGCAUGGUAUCAGGCCAUUGUGCAGGCGGCAGUGUACCAAGCUGCGGUGAAGUCGAAGAACGAAAGCCUUGAGUUCCAGCAGCUGGCUGUCUCUCACGCAGCCCACAAUUCCGCCCUCUGGGUCUUCCACGGAAGCCGCCUUUACAAUGCAGUCGAUGCUUCCCUGCGGGCCAUCAUCCCAGCCAUUGGACUGGACCCCAACUCCAAGAAAGGCAAAGAGGCAGUUCAAACCGGCCAGAAGGCGGCAGCUGCGGUUGCCCAAGCCCGCGCCGAGGACGGGAUCACCAACUUCCUCGACUUCACCUACGGCCCCAAGGAACCUGGCGUCUACCAGCAGAGCCCCGGUGCCAACCCCUUCCCCGACACCCCGCAGGCCCAGUUUGUGAGACCGUUCGCCGGCCUGGGCGACAUCACGCGCUUCCGGCCCCCUCCGCCGCCCCCGACCGACUCGAAGCAAUACGAGGAGGAGCUCCUGUACGUGAAAGAACAAGGCUCGCUCGACUCGAGCGCCAGGUCCGAGUACGACACCGACACGGCCUACUUCUGGCGCGAAUCCUCCAUUACCGUAUGGAACCGUUUCGCAGGCGCUCUCGUCGGUGACAAGUUCACAACCAAGGUCCUCGACUCAGCCAAGUUCUACGCCCAGCUCAACUACGCGCUCGCCAACGCGGGCAUCGCCUCCUGGGACUCCAAAUACACGCACCUCGGCUGGCGGCCCAUCACCGCAAUCCACCACCCCACGCCCUGGGUCUCCUCCGGGCGGGACAUCUCGGACCCGUCCUGGACGCCCCUUUUACGGCCCACACCCAGCCACCCGGACUAUGUCUCAACACACUCCACCUUCGGCGGCGCCGCAUCCGCCGUGCUGCAGGCGUGGAACGGCGGCAGCGACGAGCUCGCCGCGCCGGGGGUGACGGUCAGCAGCAACGUCACGCUGGACGCGCGCGGGGUGAUCGAGCGGACGUAUACGAGUCUGAGGGAGGCGGCGGAGGAGAAUUCGGCGAGUCGCGUGUUUGGCGGGAUUCACUUUACUUUUGCGGGGGUGGAGGGUGUGGCGUUGGGGCAGAGGGUGGCGAAGGAGACGCUGAAGCAGUUUGAUGCUAAUUGGGAUAAGUUCUGAGUGCGUAGUGCGUAAUGGGGUGGUGCUUGUUAAUCGACUGCUGAGGCUGUGGCCGGGAUGGUGGGAACCUGGCGCGAACGACAGUGUAGGAGGGUAAUGUCAAUGGUAUCCGCGAGAGUGUACCCCUCGA